GGCUUUGUUGAGCAUCAUAGGCGUUUUGGUUUGAAACGUGGCAAUGUUGUCUAUGUAGGCAGUUCACUAGGCUUUGAGACACUGAAUCCCGCCCAGGGUUUGACACAAAACAUCUUAGUAUGCUGUCGUCUAGUUUCAGAUGUCCAGUUCGACAGACGCCAGUCAUCAUGUUGUCUUCUCUUGUAAAAGCUGAUCGUCUCGCAGCUCAUGUUGGCAAAAAAUAUGCGCCAUUUUAUGAAUGCAUAGCGCGAACCCUGAAGUCUCAAGCAGGCGAUGUAGACUUGCACAGCGCAACAUCGAUCACUGGAAACUACAAAACCAUAGAUGGUCUACCGGGACCCAGCCUGGCCACAACUGCGUACUGGCUCUUCGUUAAAGGAUACGCGGAUAAAAGUCAUGCAAUGCAGGUGGAGCAUAAGCGCCUGUAUGGUCCGAUCUGGCGGUCACGCUUUGGGCCGUUUGAUGUGGUAAAUGUGGCGACGGCUGAACUGAUUGCACAGGUGAUCCGACAGGAGGGCCGUUACCCAGUGCGGACUGAUCUGCCUCACUGGAAAGAAUACAGAGACAUGAGAGGACAGGCAUACGGAAUUCAUGUAGACACAGGCACUGAGUGGUAUCGCAUCCGCAGUGCUCUGAACCCUAAGAUGCUUAAACUGAAGGAAGUAGCAGCAUAUGCUCCCAUAAUUCACGAGGUUGUGUCUGAUCUCCUACAGCGUGUGGAACUCCUGCGUCUGCGCAGUCCAGACCAGGUCACCGUCAAGGACCUCGCCUCUGAGCUCUACAAAUUUGGCUUUGAGGGAAUCUCCUCGAUCCUGUUCGAAACUCGGUUAGGCUGUUUACAGGAGGAAAUUCCCACAGACACCCUGCGGUUCAUAUCUGCCGUCAAUGACAUGUUGGCGUUGUCAGAGACGGUUCUUUUUUUCCCACGCUGGACCCGUCACAUCUUCCCGUUCUGGAAACGGUUUGUCCAGGCAUGGGAUGACUUGUAUGACGUAGCCCGGCGUCUGAUUGAUAAGAAGGUGAAGGAGAUACAUGAUCAGGUUGAGCGUGGAGAGGAGGUGGAGGGCAUGUAUCUCACAUACUUGCUGUCCAGCAAUAAACUCAGCUUAGGAGAGGUGUACAUCAGCCUGACUGAACUUCUGCUGGGAGGUGUGGAUACGACGUCCAACACAUUAUCAUGGACCUUGUACCACCUCGCACGAGAUGCAGAAGUACAGAACCGCCUCUAUAAUGAGAUCGCAUCUGUGUGUCCGAAUAAAGAGCAGCCGACCGCAGAACACCUGACAAGGAUGCCCUACAUGAAGGCUGUCAUCAAAGAAACUCUCAGGAUUUAUCCUGUUGUCCCUGGUAAUGGACGCCUGACUGUGGAUUCGGAAGUAAUUGUGGAUAAUUAUUGGUUCCCUAAGAAGACACAGUUCCAUCUCUGUCACUACGCUGUUAGUCACGACGAGAGUAAUUUCCCAGAACCGGAGCGCUUUGUUCCAGACCGCUGGUUGAGAGACAGCCCGUCUCGCUCUCAGCAUCACCCCUACAGUUCUGUCCCGUUUGGGGUUGGUGUUCGGGCCUGCGUGGGGAAGAGGGUCGCAGAGCUGGAGAUGUACUUUGCCCUAAGUAGACUGAUGCAACAUUAUGAGGUCAGAACGGAGGAGGGAGCCCCAUCGAUACAUCCCAAAACCAGAACCCUGCUCAUUCCCUCCAAACCUAUUGACCUACAGUUUAUCCCUCGGGUUUGAUGCCAGCCAGCUCCAAUCAAUCUGUUAACCAAAAUCAGUACCUUUAAUUCAAAUAAUUUUGCCUUAAAGUUUGCCUUUUGAGAAGUUUUUGUGAAAUGCUGUCUGUGGUAAUUUAGGUUAAAAGUGAAAAUAAAAAAAAAUCACAACUGAGCUUAAAUAUUAUAAGAGAUAUUUACAGCUGAGGUGUUCAAUUCACCUAGGUUACAUUAUUAAAGAAGCAUUUGCAAACAGUCUAAAAAAAUCCAACAGAGAGAUAUGAGUACCGAGUCUCUUGCAAAAUCACUAUUGCUUUU